UGUGGUAGCUGAUCAGUGGUUCUGUUUGAAUUUUGGAGGGAUUUUUAUUAGGUUAUUUGAAUCGAUCAGUAGAAACGCUGAAAGAAUUGUUUGUAUUAGAGUUUUAUUAACAAAUUAUAAAAUAUGUCCACUACAGAACCUACAAAUGCCUUGAAUUUAGAUUUGUCACAGCAACUGAGCUUCAUAAGGUUUUUCAAUAGUUUAACUGAGAAAUCAUCGACCACGAUAAGAUUCUUCAACAGGACCGAUUUUUACACAGUCCACGGCUCAGACGCUCUGGUUAUAUCUCAAAUCAAUGGCAGCACCGUCAAAUACAUGGGGGAAGAACCCAAACUGCAAUACGUCACCCUCAGCAGGUCCCAAUUCGAACUGGUACUGAGAGAGCUCCUCCUGGUUCGGCAGUACAGGGUCGAGGUCUUCCUCAAACAAACCCAGGGGAAGAACAAUGACUGGCAAGUGGAGUAUAAGGGGUCGCCAGGAAAUCUAUCCCAAUUCGAGGAAAUCCUUUUCGAGAACGCUGACAUAGUUUAUUCGAAUUGCGUUAUGGGAAUCAAAAUCGUAAAAAACAGAGUUCUAGCCAUAGCGUGUGUAAACGUGGCCGAAUCUAAGUUUAACGUUUGUGAGAUGGUUGAUAACGAUUGCUACACCGAGCUAGAAGCUUUUAUCGCUCAGAUAAGUCCCAAGGAGUGCAUCAUACCGGAAACGGAAAGCAACGAUUACACAUCUUUGAAGAAUUUGCUGGAGAGAAAUGGAGUUUUGGUCGCUAGAAUCAAAAAAUCAGAUUUUAACGCUUCUGAAGUUCUGGAAGAUCUCAAUAGACUUCUCCAUUUCCAAAAGGGCCAGACGAGGAACGCUCUGACUUACUCCGAAACCCAAUUGAACGAAGCUCUGGGAUCCUUGCAAGCCCUAGUGAAAUUCCUGAAUUUAUCCGGAGACGAGAGGAAUUUCAAUCAGUACAAAUUCGAAACGCUCGAUCUAUCGCGAUUCGUGAGACUCGACAACGCUGCACUACAAGCGCUGAACGUGUUCCCACUAGCCGGUACCAACACUGUAGAGGAUACCGUCCUGGUCCCCAACUCUUCGAAAUCCUCCAGCUUGAUGGGCGUUUUGAACCAUUGUUCCACUAAUCAAGGGAAAAGGCUGCUUUCCCAAUGGAUUAAGCAGCCUUUGAGGGAUCAAAACUUGAUAAACGACAGGUUGAACGUAGUGGACUGUUUCAUAACAGAUAUGGAAACCAGAGUGUCGCUAACUAAAGAUUGUCUUCCUCGGCUACCAGAUAUGUUGUUGCUGGUGAAGAAACUUUCUUCCAAAAAAGCCAAUUUGCAGGAUUGCUACAGAAUUUAUCAGACCGUAUCUGGAGUUCCCUAUCUGUUGAAAAAAUUGAGGGAAACUGGAAAUAAACACGUGAAGUCCAUGUUGGUAGAUCCCAUUUCCGAGAUAAUAUACAGUCUGCAGAAGUAUCUAGAGAUGAUCGAACAGGUUCUAGAUUUGGACCUGGUAGAUCGUGGGGAAUUUUUGGUCAAGCACACCUUCGACGAGCAGCUUAAAGAUCUGUACAAGGAGAAGCAGAAGUACGAGGAAAAAAUGCAGAAACUGCUGAGAAGGGCCACUGACGACUUGGGAUUGGAAGAUGGAAAGGUCAAACUAGAAUGCACAGAUCAACAUGGUUACUUCUUCAGGGUAACAUUGAAGGAGGAACAUGUUUUACGUGGCAAUAAACAAUACAGCAUCAUUGACGCUGUCAAAGGGGGGGUACGGUUCACGAAUGACAAAUUAUCCGAAAUAAACGAAGAUUAUCGAGGUUUGAAGGAAAAUUACGAACAGCAGCAAAAAGCGGUGGUCGAACAGAUACUCGAUAUAGCAGCUGGUUACGCCGAAACUAUGCGUAAUUUGAACGUCUACAUUGCAACGGUGGACGUGUUGACGUCCUUCUCUCUGGCGUCAGUUUCCGCUAAAAUACCUUACGUUAGACCGAAACUGCACGGUUCUGAUAAGGGCAUUUUCAAGUUGAAAAAAGUCCGUCAUCCUUGUCUAGAACAGCAGGAUCACAUAUCUUUCAUCCCGAAUGACGCGGAGUUCGACAAAGAAAACGAUACUUUGCAUAUAAUCACUGGUCCAAACAUGUGCGGUAAAAGUACUUUUAUACGUAGUGUAGGAGUAUGUGUCCUGAUGGCCCACAUAGGUUGCCAUGUGCCAUGCGAGAGCGCAGAAAUUAGCGUAGUCGACAGUAUUCUUGCCAGAGUUGGAGCUGACGAUUGUCAACUCAAAGGGCUGUCCACGUUCAUGUUGGAAAUGAUCGAAACAUCAACUAUUGUGAAAACAGCCACUUCCAAUUCUUUGGUAAUCAUAGACGAGCUAGGAAGAGGAACAUCCACUUACGAUGGUUGUGGAAUUGCUUCUGCCAUUGUCGAAUAUCUUGCCAGCGAGGUAAAAUGUUUCUCUCUUUUCGCCACUCAUUUCCACGAAAUCAUCAGUUUGGCCGACAAGUUCCCUAACGUCACGAAUUGGCAUGUCACAGCCGUAACGACCAAUAAUACCAUAACCCCCUUGUAUCAAGUGAGAGAGGGGCCAUGCGAUAAGAGUUAUGGAAUUCACUGCGCUCGCAUGGUUGGUUUUCCCGAGGAUGUCUUGCAGUGGGCCCAGGAAUACCAGAAAGAACUUGAACAUUACGAAGGGACCAGGUUGAUUGAAGAUUUUGAGGAUUCGUUGAAAAGAGAAUUGAUCGAGACUGGUGAUGAGAUAAUUAAAAAAACGAUACAAGACAUAGCAUCUCUACCUACAGAUAAUUUGUCGGACGAAGAGUUAGCUCAACAAUUACAAAAUAUCAAAGGAGAAAUUAUGAGUAAAAACAACAUGUUUUUGAAGGGUUUAUUAUGUGAAUAAUUUAACUUAUGUAUUUUUUAAGUUGGUAUUGUUAUUCGUUAUGUUUUUUGUAAAUAAACGUAAGAUUCAG